AUGGCAAGCCCAAAAAUGAAGGAGGCAGCUUCAAAAUUUCCAGAAGGUGAUGCAGAUGCCGAGUUGAAUCCCGGCAAAAAUAAGAGCGUUGAAGUCGAUCCCAAAGCGUCUGAAGUUACCUCCUUGCAGAUCAAGGCUGAAGACAACAAGAAAAAGGAGAAGAAAGAGAAGAAUGAAGCGGCGCAAUCGCUGAAAACAACCAUUAUAGUCUCAGGGGUGAUAGUGGCUCUGAUUGGGGCAAUUUUUGCCUUAACCAAGAAACUCAGAGAGAAAUGA